AUACAUCUACUCGCUUUACAGGAACAGUACGCGUUCCCGGAGCGUCUUGUCGCACUUCUUUUCGUGACCGGCUUCAUGACUGCUGGAAUUACUGCCCCGCUGGUUGGAGCGUGGGCUGAUACCUAUGGACGGAAAAGACUCUGCCAAAUGUUCUGCGUCACUUACGCCCUGGCAUGUCUCUGCAUCCAAGUCCCGAGCCUGCCCAUCCUCCUCUUCGGCCGCGUGCUCGGCGGUGCCUCCACCUCGAUCCUCUACUCAGCAUUCGAGUCCUGGCUGAUCUCGUCAUCGAACAACCUCUCACUGCCGCAAUCGGACCUCUCGGCGAUCCUCGGGCGCGCGACGCUGCUGAAUGGCUUCGUCGCGACCGCCGCGGGCGUGUCCAGCAACAAACUCGUCGGCUGGAGCGGCUCCUUCGCGUCGCCAUUCGUCGCGAGCGGCGUCCUGCUCGUGCUCGCGUACGUCGCCAUCCAGGGCAGCUGGCAAGAGAACUACGGGAGCCCCGACACCGCACCCGAGAGCGCCGCGGACCUCUUCCAAGCCAAGCGGCUCGCGCAGGCAUGGCACAUCAUCCGCCACGACCCGCACCUCCUCGUGAUCGGCCUGACGCAGACGUGCUUCGAGGGCUCGAUGUACCUCUUCGUCUUCCUGUGGGUCCCGGCGCUGCAGGAGUCGUCGGACCCGUCCGAGCCGCUGCCGCUCGGGUACAUCUUCUCGUGCUUCAUGGUCGCGAUGAUGCUCGGCUCGCUGCUGUACACGACCCUCACCUCCGUCUUCGGACGCGCAUCAGACCCGGGCGCAGGUGGCGCGGCCGCGGCGGCGGCAACGCACGAGGAGCCGCUCGUGCUGCACGCGAAGCUGAGCUCGCUCGUGUGCGCCGCGAGCGCGCUCGCGUUCGCGGUGACGAUCGCGUGCCGGCACGACGCGCACGCGCGCUUCUGGGCGUUCUGUGCGUUCGAGGCGUGUGUCGGGAUGUACUACCCCGUGCAGGGCAUGCUGCGCGGGAGCCUCAUCUCGAACGAACACCGUGCGACGCUCUCGUCCCUGUUCCGUGUCCCGCUCAACAUCUUCGUCGUCGUGUCCCUUCUCACUGGCGUCUCGUCCGCACGCGACAAGGUGCUCACCGCGAGCGCGGUCAUGCUUGGCAUCUCGUCCAUUAUGACAGGUGCCAUCAUAGUAAACGGACUCGACAAGCGACGCAUCGCGGAGACUGCUGCCAGGCCAGCAUGAAUGGUCUUGGCUCAGAAAAACAUCUUCACGCUUUAUCUGCAAGGACAUUACUAAAAGGACACUCGAUAGUAUAAUUUGUAUUUGCACCGUCCCUGCUCACCUCGGCCCCUUUCCUAGUAUUGAGACGCCAGCUGCAAUCUUCUCCCGCGAAAUGUUCACUUCCUGAUAUUAAUAUAUGAAACUCAACCCAAUCCGAUUACACGUCGGAACGGGACUCGAGAGCUUUUUCUGUAAGUUCUCUGCCACUG